UCUUAUUUACUAUAAUAUAUUAUUAAUCUAGUAGAAAAUGCCAGAUGAAUAAAACUAUACUGUAUUACAUUCAAAAGAAUUUCACAUAGAUAUUUUUUCAUUGAAGAUAUUUCAGAAAAAUGGAAAGUUUUCAAAAGCAGCACUUUAAAAGAACAAGUCCAUCCUCACAGCACUAAAACAGCAGGUCCAUGAAAAGAGGUUCUUGCUGUUGGUGUCCUGAAUUUCUGCCCCAUAGGGACCUCUUAAAAACAGUGAUAUUUGAUUCUGGAUUCUCUCGGGCUAACAGGUCGGUUAUUAAAAAGAGGCAGGUGUCAGAGUGAGUGCUUUUCCAUUUACUUACAGCUUCUCUAACCCUCUUUGUGUUAUCUCCUCAAUCUUCUUACCCCUCUGGGCUGUGUGCAGGACUCCAGAAGAAGCGGCCCAGUCGUCUGGCUUCAGGGAAAUUCUCUACUCCAAACAUUUCAAUCAUUAUCUACUAAUAUAAUCAUCAUCCUGACGUCCAUCUGUCUGUCUGUACACCUGAUACUGAUAUCAAGAAUUCAGUUCACGCCAUGGCAUCGUGGUGGUUUUACAUGAUUUGUGUCAAGAAAUUGCAUAAACGUGAGCAUCUGAAAUUGUGAAGAAUAAUUAAUAAAUUAAGCGAAUAAUUCAUCUGUCUGGAAGUGUAAAAACCCAAAUAACUACUCUGCCUGAACGUCUCGUUUUGAGGUUAAUCAUGUUAUCCAAACCGAUCAGCUGCAUUAGCACCAAGAAACAGCUCACCUGACGCCUGAGGGCUCUUAAGACUCACGUGUGCUCAGGUCUAUCCGUUCCUCUUUAGAGCACUUUAUUUAAAGGGAUCAGGACCGGGGUCAGGAGAGGGCAGGGUGAGAGAGGCAGGGGUGGGCGAGUGGGAUGGACCCAGAUAGAGAGAGGCUCAAGAGGAGGAAAAUUUCAAGGAUGUUUGAGCAGACGGAGAGUCUGACAGCAGAGGCACUGAUGGAAAACCUGGAAGAGAACGAAUGUAUGAUAAUGAGCCAGCAGGUGAGCUCUUCACCUUUCCUCAAGGCUUUUUACCUAAAGAUGCCACUGAGUGUGUCGAGUCCUCUCCGCCAGCGACGCCACACACUUCCCGCCAGCGAGUUCCGCAACCUCACGCCACAGGACGCCAUCAGUGUGUUCGAGAUUGAGAGAGAAGCUUUCAUCUCGGUGUCUGGAGAGUGUCCGCUCACGCUGGACGAGGUGCUGAACUUCUUAGGUCAAUGUCCUGAGCUGUCCAUGGGCUGGUUCGAGGAAGGACAGCUGGUGGGCUUUAUUAUCGGGUCUGGCUGGGACAAGGAAAAGCUAGCACAGGAAGCUCUGACGCGUCACGUGCCCAACACGUCCACCGUCCACAUCCACGUGCUGUCUGUACACCGUCACUGUCGGCAGCAGGGUAAAGGCUCCAUUCUGCUGUGGCGUUACCUGCAGUACCUCCGCUGUAUUCCGGGUCUGCGCAGAACCCUGCUGGUGUGCGAGAAGUUUCUCAUGCCUUUCUACGAGAAGGCUGGCUUUAAGGAGAAAGGGCCUUCAGCUAUCACAGUAGGAGCUCUGCGCUUCAGAGAGAUGGAGUACACACUUGCAGGGCUGGCCUACGCACGCCGGAAAAGCAACUGCUGAACAACCGGACUGGUUUAUUUUUACAGUCAAGGACACAGCGCUCAGAUUCGGGUCAGAAACUUCGCCUUGAAGAGCAUUAUAUCAAAUCAGAGACUGAAAUCAUUCUGAACUGCACAGACUCUUACACAUGACACCAAAGUGAUGAUGAUGGUUAGAUGAAAUGAUGUGACUGUAUCACUGAACAGUCUGGUGUUGUGUUGCUUGUGUUCCACAUGACCGGUGUGUCUGUAAGUCAGUCUAAUCGUGGUUUAUUAACCAGGUCACUUCAGCAAGCAAGAGAGGCGGUGAUCUAUGUUCAGACGACAAAGAGAUGAAGGGACAGAAUGACCAGCUGAGAUUUGAUGAACUUUAUGUCACAGUGAACUCGAAUCACAUUCCUUCAAAUUUAAUUUUUUUAAUUGUCUCAAUUAAGCUGUAAUUAGCUCAGAUACUGCUGGACCUCAGUGUGUACAGACAUGCUGCAAAAAAUAAAGCUUGCUAACAGAAGACGCAAUGAUCCUCGUUGGUUCUGGAGAGGGUCUGUAGCUGAUAACUCGAGCUGCUAAUCUGCUAAAAUCAUACACCUGAUUUUUACACUGAUUAUUGUGUUAGUGAAAUUUAACUGCUUAGAAGAUGAUCUUUAGCUGUAGCUAAUCCAGUUAGCUCACAUGGCUAAUUUGCUGCAGUAGCAAAGCUAACACCUAGCUAAUUUUCACACAGAAUUCAUUAAAGACAAGUAAAUUGCAGACAGCAGUAAACUCUGUGCUGUUAGCUACAUUUCAGCUGCUACACUUCCUCAUCUGAGCUAAAAUAAGUGAGUAUAAAUGCUACAUGAGCACAAGCGCUAAAGUACAGGGGAAACCAGUGACUCAUCACUAGUGUGAAUGCAGGCUACAACUCAAUCGCUGGGAUUUUAAACAUGGUCAGUGUAUCAUAAUUUAUUUCAUUCAUUAUUUAUUUGUGUUUUUUAUUAUUCUGUAAAUAAAAUAUUCACCUGUGUUAUGUUGGAUGUAUGAAACCGGGAAACUGGAACCAACCAUCAUUAUCAUUCCAGU